AUGCGGCCCCGCGCAAAGCUCUUGCAGCGUUUCUCGGAAGAGGAGACACGGUUUCAUGGGGAGAUUGUGCAGCCGCUUGUAAGAGGUGCUUUGGAUGAGGUUCGGGAUGUGUUGAAGUCGUCUUCUGGGAGGGAGUGGUGUCUUCCGCGGUGUGUGCUCGAUGAAAAUGAAAAAGACGGCAAACGUGAAAGAGAGCAACAGAAGUGGGAGCUGUCGAAGGAUCCUGGUUCUGGUUCUGGUGCCAGGAAGAGGAAACGAGGAUAUGGCGAUUCUUGCGAACCGCCCAUUGUUCUGUCGUCAAGUUCGACGAAUAUAUUCGAUUCAAUGGCUGAUCUUCAGGGAAUUGUGAAGAAUCCCUCAUCAUCGGAGUCCGCCAUUCUGAAUGUUGGGGGUCCUGGCUCGCAGACUGCUGAAACAAGGACCUACAUCGUCCCGCCAAAGUCAAGCUUCGUGCUCUGCACACUACCUCUUUCCGGGCCAGAGAUAUCUACACCCAUCCCAGGUCUUCCAGUGGACCACCGGUUCAACCUCAUGCUCCUCGAUCCGCCAUGGCCGAACCGGUCUGUCCGCCGCAGCGGCCACUACAAUACCCAUCCCUACUUCGGGAUGGAAGAACUCACCAAGCGCCUGGGGGAUAUCCUCAGGGCACAUAGCUAUGUCCACGGCGAUGUACCGUGCACGAAUACAGUCCCUGACCACCACCCUUCUGCUGUUGCUCAGAGCCGACAAUCUCUCGCAGCUAUAUGGGUGACCAACUCCGAACGAUCUCGCAAAGCAGCGUACGAUUCUCUGCACAGCGCGGGUUUUCGCGUCUGCGAAGAAUGGAUUUGGAUUAAGACUACCACCGAUGGACAGCCGAUCUCAACACUUGAUGGUCUCUGGCGCAGGCCGUAUGAGAUCCUGAUUAUCGGUCGCAAGCCUACCGGAAACGAGGUAGAGGACAUGACCAACACCACCACCAGACGAGUCAUCGCCGCCGUGCCGGACCUUCAUUCUCGCAAACCGAACCUGAAAUCCAUCUUCGAGGAGGUAUUCUUUACCUCUGAUUCUUCCGACAAAUCCAAUCAUAUUAUUGCCCCUUACUCCGCACUCGAGGUAUUCGCCCGCAACCUGACAGCCGGGUGGUGGGCGUGCGGCGACGAAGCCAUUAAAUUCAAUGCCAGCCACUGUUGGACAGACGUAUCCGAAAUCGGCAAAUCCGACCCUUGA